AUGCGUACCUCCACUCUCGCCUUUGGCCUCGCGGCCCUCUUCCAGGGCGCUGUCAACGCUCAGUACACCCUCAGCACCACCUACGACGCUUCCAACUUCUUCACUGCCUUUGACUUCUUCAACGAGGAGGAUCCCACCCACGGCUUUGUCGAGUACGUCGAUGCCAACACGGCCAACGCAGAGGGCCUCGCCGGCUUCGUCGAGGGCGCCAUCUACAUGGGCGUCGACUACCGCACCCAGAACCCUCAGAACGGCCGCAAAUCUGUCCGCGUCACCUCGCAGCAGUCCUUCACCCACGGCCUCUUCCUCGCCGACAUUGCCCACAUGCCCGGCAGCAUCCCCGGCGUCUGGCCUGCCUUUUGGAUGUUUGGUCCUGAGUGGCCCACCUCGGGCGAGAUCGAUAUCCUCGAAGGUGUAAACACUCAAACCCAGAACGCCAUCACCCUUCACACCGGUCCUGGCUGCUCCAUCACCAACGACGGCACCGCCCAGGGCACUACCCUCAACAAGCAGAACUGCAACGCCGGCAGCGGCAGCGAGGGCUGCGGCCAGUCGACUUCCGACAACCAGAACUACGGUGAUGGCUUCAAUGCUAUCGGUGGCGGCGUCUAUGCCACCGAGUGGACAUCCGACUACAUCGCCGUCUGGUUCUUCCACCGCGACCGCAUCCCCUCCGACAUCCAGUCCGACUGCCCCAACCCCUCAUCCUGGGGCCCUCCCCUGGCCAAGUUCAACGGCGGCCAGGGCUGCAACAUCGACCAGCACUUCAAGGACCACAACCUCAUCUUCGACACCACCUUCUGCGGUGACUGGGCCGGCGCCCCCGAGGUCUGGAACAACAACCCCGAGACAUCGGCCCUGGGCGCCUGCGAGGACUACGUCGCUUCCAACCCGGCCGACUUCCAGGAGGCCUACUGGCUCGUCAACAGCAUCAAGGUGUUCAACAACGGAUACGGCAACGGUGGCGGCAAUGGCGACGGCUACCAUGGCAACUCUACCAAGCGCGCAGUCAUCGCCAAGCCCUUCCUCGCUUAA